AAAUUGAAUUGUUGACCUGUGAAUUUCCCUUCAGAAAAUUGCGAAGGGUUUUUCAGCAAUUCAUUUCUACUCACUCACACAAGGGGGUUAAGAUUCAAAGCUGAAGAGUGAAAAUGUGGAGGCCGGCAUCGCUACUAGCAAGAAGAACUUUCCUCAGUAGGGAAACGGCGGCUCAGAAAUUCCGGGAUACAGUAUUUCAUUCUCAGGUACCGAACGCUGAGUUUCUAAAGUUAAGCGUGCCAUGUGUUGAAUCCUUGUUUCACAAAUCGGAUUUCUCCACCUGGGUAUGUGGAAAAUCUGAUUUUUAUCCGCACGCAAGAUUUUUCUCAUCUAACCCAUCCGAAAAUUAUGAGGAAGAGCGCGCAGAAUCGUCAGUCCCGCAAGCCAAUGAAGGGUUCGGGGAAUUUUCUGGGAGCUCGAACAACGUGUUUGAUGAAAGUAUGAGCUCCAUUUCGUCGGAACUGGAAGCUGGGUCUUCGAUUUUCAAUGAAGACGCGGAUGGCUUAGAGUUAAAUGAUGGUUUGGCUGCUGAAAUUGAUGAGAGUUCUAUUCCUAUGGACCAAGGGUUUGAUUCUUUUGCAACGGAGGAUGAUAAAGUUGAAAAAAUGGAGGAGAAUGAUAUGGAAAAGGUGCAAAGUUUGUUGUCAUUGCUUCAGAGCAGUGCUACAGCUGAUGCGUCUCCAGAGGAGGACUUUGAAAAAAUGGGUUUGAUAUUGAAUGAAGAUUUUGUGGUUAUGGUGCUUGAAACACCAUAUGUUCCUGGAGAGAGUUUACUUGGUUUUGCCAGGUGGGUUUUGAAGAAACCGGAAUUUAAGGUGACUGAGCGGGUGCUUGAUGCACUUGUUAGCGGAAUAUGCAAGGGAAAUAGGAAGAGAGAAGCUUAUGCAUUGUGGGAUCUUGUCCAGGAAGUUGGGGAGAAGGAGAAAGGCGUACUGAGCACGGGGAGUUUAAAUGAACUAAUAGCCCUAUAUUCAAGAUUAGGGAAAGGAAAGGCAGCAUAUGACGUGUUCAAUAAGUUUGGAGAGUUUGGAUCUGUCUUGAAUGCUGAUACAUAUUAUUUUACGAUUGAAGCUCUUUGUAAGAGGUCGUUUUAUGAUUGGGCUUGCUCGGUAUGUCAAAAGAUGGUACAUGAGGAUAAACUUCCUAGUUGCGAUAGAGUUGGGAAAAUAAUUUCUUAUUUGUGCAGAGGAAGUAAGGCUAAAGAUGCACACUCAGUGUAUCUGUCUGCAAAGGAUAAGAAAAUACAUCCUCCUCGGUCUUCUGUAAAUUUUUUGAUCAUCUCUCUUUGCCGACUUAGGCUAUCCGAUAAAGAAACUCCUACUGAAAUUGAUAAGGAAAUUGACAGGGAAACUGUUUCCUUGGCUUUAGAGAUGUUGAAUGAUUAUACAACAGAAGAUCGGAUCCGUGCAAUUAAACCCUUCUCGAGUGUCAUUCGGAAAUUGUGUUGGAUUGAAGAUGUUGAAAGGGCAAAAAGAUUGCUUCUCGAGAUGAUUGAUAUAGGUCCACCUCCUGGUAAUGCCAUCUUCAAUACAGUCAUCAAUGGGCUUGCAAAAGUUGGGGACAUGGAUGAAGCUAUGAAAAUAAUGAGACUGAUGGAGAGCAGAGGUUUGAAACCUGAUGUAUAUACUUACAGUGUCAUCACGAGUGGUUAUGCUAAGGGUGGUUCUAUGGAGGAAGCAUGCAAGAUUUUCGAAGAAGCCAAAAAGAAGCACUCUAAGCUGAGUCCUGUUACUUAUCACACACUCAUUCGUGGGUUCUGCAAGCUUGAACAUUAUGAUGUGGCUGUGAAUUUGUUGAGGGAGAUGAAGGAUUAUGGAGUUCACCCGAAUCACGACGAGUACAAUAAGCUCAUUAAAUCUCUUUGCUUGAAGGCUUUAGACUGGGAAACAGCGGAGAAGUUGCGAGAAGAGAUGAAAGAGAAUGGCUUGAUUCUCAAUGGUAGGACAAGUGCUCUCAUAAAUGCAGUGAAGCAAUUACAAGAAGAAGGGACUAGCCAAGAAGUAACUGCUGCAGCUUGAAUUGAAACCAAUUUACCCUUUUACUGAAGCUAAUUUAGCAUCAAGAUUCUGAUGGCAAUCUUGGACCAUUUUUGUAAUUUUUUUUUCUUUUACUCCUCUCUUUUCCAGUUAGCGAUCUAGAAUAUAAAAUGAAUGCAUUUCUUGUGAAGUCCAUAAUAAUUUCUUUGCUGUUUAUGUUCACUUAUCUAUUGAGAAUUUGGAGAAAUGAGCAUUUCGUUCACUUCUAUU